UUAACUUGUUUGCAGUUCUACAAAUGGUAGCAGUGACUAUGGAUUAUUAGAAGCACAAGAAACAGCACGCAAUUGGUUCUACAAGGUGGCAUCAAUAAGAGAGUUGCUUCCGAGGCUAUACCUUGAAGCUUCUCUAUUACCUUGUUAUGCUCUUCUUAGUGUCCAAGAGGGCGAAGAAGCUUUGUCUCGUCUGACUCGCAUGAUUAGAGGAAUUGGGGAUCCUUUAAUUGCUUCCUAUGCGCGAAUGUUUCUAUGCCGAAUGGGGGUGGAGGUAGCUCCUCAGCUGACACAGUAUAUCACUGAGAACGUCGAAGAUUUUUUGCAGACUUUGAAACAGGGGUUGUGGCCUGAGGGGGAAGCUGAUGUCAACAUGGGAGAAGACAAGGAUGCUCUGGCAGUACGCGUCUUGUCUCCUCCCCUCGAGUGGAUGAUGCAGUGUCUUGCCAGUCGAGCUCCUCAUCAUGUCCUGCAGACUGUGUUACAGCAUUGUGAAGGAGGGGAAGGACUCGGACAGAACUUGUUAGUUGCAGCAUUACUUACUACAUUCCCACAUGGCUUCAUUGCUGUCAAUGCUAUGCCUCUCACUCACCUUAUAGCAGGUUGUUCUUACCCAGGGAAGAGUCAGCACGAGCUGGUUUCAGCUCUUGGCGUUUGUGUGAAUGAUGCUGUUCCAGCCCCACAGCAGCACUUGCCACUUCUUAAUGCUGUAUGGAAGCUCAUCACUAGAAUUCCACUUACCAAGGAUUAUCUCUCCACUGCUGGCAUUUGGCUUGAAUUUACUGCAAAGCACUUUACGGCAACAGAAGUAAACACUUUACUUGGAGAUGUAUUGAAACGUGUGAGAUCAGCACACAAUCAAGAACAGUUGCCCUUUUCCUUAUCCGUCCUCUUAAAGCUUAUUUCUACAGCUCUUACCAAUUCUCCCGAUCCUCAGUCCCUUUUUCCAAUGGAAUACAUGACUGUCCAUAAGAUUGAUGCAAAACAUAUCAGUAACAAUGUUCAAUAA